AUGAUGCCUCCACCCACUCAACAGCAACCUCAGCCACAGCCAUAUCUCCCACCACCUUUUAUACCAUGUCAGCCACCUUUAAAUUUGUCAGCACCUAUUCAGCAGCAAAAACAACAACAACAUUCGCCCAUGUUUCCUUCACAAUUUCCAUCUAACUUAACUAUGCCACCGUCACAGUUUUUAGCAAAAUUGUUUCAGCCACCUCCACCACCCCCAACGCCACCAAAUUCUAUUGAAAAACAGAAAACAAAAAAUGAGGAGUUGUAUGAUCCAUUACAAGAAGAUGAUGAUUAUCCUAGUCCUAAUGAUGAGGAUGAAGAUAGAGUCGAAAUCAAACGUGAACCAACCGAAUACCACGAAAAGUCGCGUGGAAAGUCGAUAGGAUAUAACAUAAAAGAAAGAUAUACAAUUAAAAUCGAACCAAUUCAUUCCAUAGUGAUAACACAAAUCGAUCUUCGUCGUCACAAUUUUUUAAUUUCCCUUACAACAAUAUGUCAAAUAAUUCGAAUAACAACAACGAAUCAAAGAUCAGAUGCACAAUAUUUAGAUUACAAACAAUUAACACAGCGUUCAUUAGACGAAAUAGCAAACGAAGCAGAUAAUGAAGAUGAUAACAGUGAAGGUAUUGUUACAAAACUAUAUUAUUAA